GCCUCCAGAAUGGACGACUACAGGGAUGAGGUCCGUGAGGAUCAUUUCGCUCAGUACUUUGUCGAAAGAGAAGGAUGGCUCAGGUCGUUUGGCAUGAGACCUUAUACUUCUCCAGGCGACUACGACAUGUCCAGAAUGAAGAAGAAGAGGGCUGAGUAUAACGAGGAGCACUUCAUCGAUUGUAUACUUUCCGGUCCACACAACGGCUUGACAUAUACUGAUACAACACCCCAGNUCAACAAGCUUCCUGCCUGCGAGAAGAUCCCUGGUAAAGUCACCGAUGGCUUCAAGCAGCACCUGAAUGCCCUCAAACAGGACUGUCUGACUUCAGCCAACUGGAGAGAUGCUUGCAACCAGGUCCGCCAUGCCAUUCAGCAACACGAAAUCGAUAAGGUUAUCAUCCUUGGCUUGGGCAGCAUCUUCUCUCACCUCAGCGAGUACACCUUCUGGCGAUACGAGAUAGCCUUCAUCCUGGCCAUCUUCGAGCUCGNNGUAAGCUGCCUGGAUGUCAGAUUACACCAAGAAGAUUGGAGGCUGACUGAAGACUCAAAAACAGCAAAGCAACAAGCUCAGAACAACAAGACUCGUAUCCCUACACUCUACUUCCAGGACCCGAAGUUUUGCGUCGCCGACUACCGUCUGUUGAGCGAAUUUGGCGGCCAGAUCAUCGAACAUCCAGAGGCUUUCAACCGCCACAUUGACGAGCACCUCGCCUGCCAUCUGCAUCUCUACGGCAAGCUUUCUCUCUCCCAAUAUGUAGCUAUCAGAUGGAAGACUAACAACAUUCAACAGAGCCUUCCAGCAGCUACCAAUGGAGCAUUGUUUCUUCAGAGCAAGUCCAGUGACUUCGAAGUCGACUUCGAUAUCUGCGGUGUCGCCAACAAGUUCAUGACCAGGAGAAAGAGCGUCGAAUUGCACAAGGCGAUGCAUCACCUACACACCAGUAUCCCUGGCCGUGAAGACAACUUUCUUGUCAACAUGUCUGUAUUCUGGUUAGCAUUGGAAGGAGACACGAAGGCUUUGCGUCAGGCAAAGCAGAUGGGAUCAUUGGGCAAGAAGGCGAAGAAAUGGUUGGAAGCAUUGUGA